CUUCAGAAUCUGCUGCAGGGCACGGGUGGCGGAGGCAGCGGCGGAGGCGGCGGCGGCGGCGGCGGCGGCGGCGGCGGUGCGAUGGGCCGCGGCGGCGGGCCGAGCGGCGAGGGGGGGUCGAACCUGCACUCGCUGUUUAGCAGCGGGGGCGGCGGCGGCGGCGGGCUCAUCCCAGGCUGGGUCGCGUCAGAGGCGGUGCCGGGCAAGGACGAGCUGGGGUUUGGGGCGGGCCGGGAGGGCGGGGCGGCGGCCGGCAAGGUGUCGGGGGGGCACAAGAAGGAGGCGGGCGGCUCGGCAGCGUCGGGCGGCGGCAACGGGCGCAACGACAAGCCGAAGAAGCGCGGCGGGUCGGGGAACCGCGGCGGCGGCGGCAAGCUUGCGGUUGGACCAAAGUAG